AAAAUCCCUAAAGUUGUUUUCUAUCAUCUCCUUACUGCCCUUCUCCCUUUCAACAAUGUGCCUCACUUCGCAGUGAUUAUCUCAAAUCCCAUUGACGCAGUAAGCUCCGGCGAAGGUGACCUUUCUAUCUCCACGAGUGACUCACCUCCAGCCGACCAACACAAGUACUUGUACGCGAACAAAUUGUGUGUUUUCUAGGGGCUUUCCAUGGAUGUAUUGAGCAAUUCUGAUGCUUCCCAGAAUCUUAAGCAUUCUGAAAUUGAAUCCUUCUUUGACUCAGCUCCACAGCUUAAAGACAGAGAUGAUAUAGAUAGAAGAUUAGAUGAAUUCAUCAAAAAGAAUUCACAGUCAUCUGGCAAGUUACUUAGAGUAGUAUGUGUGACAUCUGGUGGUACAACAGUUCCUUUGGAAAAACGAUGUGUUCGUUACAUUGACAAUUUCAGUUCUGGUCAUAGAGGGGCGACAUCGACUGAGUACUUGUUGAAGGCUGGAUAUGCAGUCAUCUUUCUCAAUCGUAGGGGAACCUGCCAGCCAUUUUGUACAUCUCUUCCUGAAGAUCCGUUGCUCAGCUGCUUUGAAAUAGACAAGGAGCAGAAUCUACAAGUGCUGGGGUCACAGUCUGAAGCAGUGAUGAGGGCUGUUGGGGAACAUCGUGCUGCCACUGAUCAAGGCCUCUUGUUGAAGAUUCCAUUUACUACUAUAUUUGAAUAUUUACAGAUGUUGCAGUUGACUGCAAUGUCAAUGAAGACUCUUGGUACACAUGCAAUGUUUUAUUUGGCAGCUGCAGUUUCCGACUUCUAUGUACCAUGGGAGAGCAUGGUAGAGCACAAAAUUCAGUCAGCACCUGGUCCUUUCGAUAUGCGACUUGUUCAAGUUCCAAAAAUGCUUUCCGUGCUCAGGAACUAUUGGGCUCCCAUGGCCUACUGUGUAUCAUUUAAGUUAGAGACAGAUUCAAAGAUUCUGUUGGAGAAAGCAGAGAUGGCUUUGAAGAAGUAUGAGAUGAAUGCUGUUGUUGCAAACGAGCUUACAACACGCAAAGAAGAGGUUGUUUUGGUGACAAGUAAUGAAAGGAUUAAAGUCCACAGAGACAAUACACAACCUGAUGCUGUUGUGGAAUGUCCAUUGAUCAAACUAUUGGUCGAGAACCAUUCAGCUUAUAUUUCUACGAGGUAAGUUAUGUACAACUCUGGACUCAAAUAAUGUCUGUGUAUGUGUUAUUUAUUAUACUGAAAUCGUCUUUGGUUUAGUAUAAAAUAUAAUUUCUUAAGUGAAAUUAUGUGUAACAUUUACACGAAAUAAAUGAAUGAUUUCAAU